AUGCGCAUGAGGCCAGGUGCUAGCCGGCCGGUGAGGAGCCGGACCUCCCGCGGGCAGCACGGCGUCCUCAUGGUGCCGUGUCAGGGCUCCGAGAGCGUCGCUGUUCCGGCAGCGUGCGGAAAUGAGCCAGAGGUGCCGCUGAGCCGAGAGGACGGUGCGGGUACGGGGCAGCCUUGCCUGCGCCUGGAUCCCGGCAUGGAGGCGGCGGGCGCCGAAGAGCGCCGCGGUUGUGGCUGCUGCUCGGGCUUGUCCUGGCCGCGCUGCUGCAAGGCACCUGGAACAAAGAAGAAAGAUGCAUGUCCAGGACUUGGUCUGUUUUAUACUGUACUGUCUGCCUUCCUCUUCUCAGUGGCUUCUUUGUUUCUUAAAAAAAUAGAAGAUGUACAUUCAGUGGAAGUGAGUGCAAUUCGAUGUGUUUUCCAAAUGGUGUUUGUACUUCCUGGUCUAAUAUACUACAAAACAGGGUUUUUGGGACCAAAAGGUAAAAGAGUUUUUCUUUUCUUCCGAGGAUUCCUUGGCUCUAGUGCAAUGAUUCUUCUCUACUAUGCUUUUCAAGUCAUGCCACUAGCUGAUGCCACUGUCAUAACUUUUAGCAGUCCUGUUUUCACAUCGUUGCUGGCAUGGAUCUUUCUCAAAGAGAAAUAUAGUAUUUGGGAUCUUCUGUUUACUCUCUUCGCAAUCACUGGAGUGAUUCUAAUUGCCAGACCACCAUUUCUGUUUGGGUCAAAUGUUGCGGGGAUUGAAGGAAGUUACACAGAUCACCUUAAAGGAACUAUAGCAGCAAUUAUGAGCACAGUAUCUGGAGCUUCCACUUUUGUUAUAAUAAGAAAGGUGGGAAAAUCUGUACAUUAUUUUUUGUCAAUUUGGUAUUAUGCAGUCAUUGGUUUCAUUGAAUGUGUUAUAGCAUUAUUUGUUAUGAAUGAAUGGCGUCUGCCGUAUUGUGGUAAAGAUAGGGUUCUUCUAGUAUUAAUAGGCUUGUUAGGGUUAGGGGGUCAGAUAUUUCUCACAAAAGCUUUGCAAAUAGAGAAAGCUGGACCUGUAGCCAUAAUGAAAACAAUGGAUAUAGUGUUUGCUUUUAUUUUUCAAAUUCUUUUUCUCAAUAAUCCCCCACCUUGGUGGACUGUGGGUGGUGCCCUUUGUGUGGUAGCCAGUAGUUCCGGAACUGCCAUCCGUAAGUGGCGACAGAGCUUGAAAAAAGCAAAGCAGAAUGAAAUUUAACAAGACAGACAGUAAUACAUUACAGAAACAAGUGAUCUUGAUAUAUAUAAAAAUAUUUAUUUUGAUUUAUUUUAAGUGUCAUUUACCAAAUUGUAGUACAAAGUCAUAUCAAAUAACUUGAUUUAAAAACAAAACAAGCAACCAAAACUGACGUUUCAACAACUGGUUAGGUCUAUGCUUUUCUUUCUCAUAGUUACGCAUGCAAUUAUGAGAAGUAGAAAGAUAUUUAAAAGUGGCUUGCUUCCUAUCAAAAGUGGACAAUAGUUGUUUUUUGGGUUUUUUCCUAAAGUUUGUGAUUCUCCACUUCUUAGACUCUUUAUUCUGCUGAACAAUGGAAAUCAGUCUCCUAAACUAAUUUAAUGAAUGAUAUUCUGUGCUUGGUUACCAGAGGGAUUGCAGUGCAAAAGUUAGAAGGGAAUGACAAAUUAAAAUCCUGUAGGCAUCCAGCUUUUAGAGAACGGAUAAAGCUUGCACAUUUACAAGCUUUCUGAUUUUUUUUUUUCCCCCCCCCACAGGAAUGAUGCCAAAUGUUCUUUAAAAUUUUGAUUCUGAAAGAACAAAAGUAUAGGUAUUUCAUCUUUCCAAGUAAUAUCUACUGAAAGCUAACACGGGGAAGUUAUCUAUUGGGGUUGCUUUCCUUUUUUAAAAAAACUAAGUUUUUGCACUUGCUUUACAGAUACAAUGAAACAACAUAAUCACCUUUAUAUUUUUUAUGUGAUUUUCCCAAUAAACAUUUCUUUAGUUGCUGUACUCUCAGUGUUGAGAGACUGUGUUAAAUUGUAUACCACUCAUAAAUUCUUGUGGUAUGGAAUGUUAUGCUGUAGCUGC